UGAUCAGGAUUUGGCUGCACCAAAUCAAACUGUCAAAACAAAAGAGCUGAAUGAAGCCAGAAUGUUUUCCCCAAAACUUGUGUCCAGCUGAGUCUAUCUGAAGUUCUUACAUCCUUGUAGAAGGAAUUCGAUGAAGUACGUUUCAAGGCGAGUAAGUAGCAAUUCUCAUGGAUGACUCCUUGCGAGCCAGUGGCCGAUUGGCCAAUUCUGAACUGAGAUGUAAAAACAAGUGUGGUUUCUAUGGCAACCCCAUGUGGGAUGGCUACUGUUCAAAGUGCUACAAGGAGCUCAAGGAACAUAGUCCAGCCACCCAGCGUCAUUUUGCCGCUGCGGACUUUGUUGGCGAUGCCGCAGCCCAAGUUGCUGGUGGGUAUUCAUCUCCUGUGUCGACGGUAUCAUCACCAACGUCAUUAGGCGCUCUUGAUAUGGCAUCACCAUUGACCUCAGUGCCUGGUACUAUGGACAGCAGUAGCAUAGCCACCGCCACCACCACCACUAGCAUACAUCAUACAGGUGAUAGGAUGCCACUUGCAACGGUGGACAGCAGCAGUGCAGCGAGAUCCAGCCCAUCUUCCUCUCCGACAACGCUGCGUGCCAAGCUCACUCAGGCGAGCAAACGCUCGUCUCCGAGUUCGUUGCGCACAUCCUCCAUGCCGGUGCUUAAGGACAGUAGGGUGGGCCUGGCUUCUACAGGGCGCAAGUCAUCACCCAGCAUUGCUCAUGCUAAAGCCAGUGCAGCAGGCAGCUCCCUGGCCAGGACCAGCAGUGGCCCUAAUUCUGCUGAAAGUGCCAAUGCCAGUGGCUCCAGUGGCUCAUCUUCUGUGUUGGGAUUUGGCAAGUUUGAAGAAAAGAAACGUUCUCAGCAGCAGGGCAAGAAAGGAAUACGCCUGUUCAACAAGCAGAAGCAAGUUAAGGAUGCUACAGAUUCCAUAGCAGUGUCUUCUGAAACUGCACCACAGAACACAGAACGUACCAAAGCUGCAGCAGAGCUUAAUGAUCUUUUGAAGACAAUGAAGAAAGCUGUCGGUCAGGACGUGACCUUGCAUAUGAAGCAGUUAAUUCGUCGUAUAAUGCACGAUGGCAAGCCUAAUACCACCAGCCAAGCCCAAUCAGAACUUGUACAGGAGUUCUAUGAGUGGUUUGAGGGUCGCAUGCAGACACAGGCCGCAUAUCGUGGUGUAACACAAGACCAACAGAAGCAGAUCAUGGAGCACAUUGAGUCCUACCUCAUGGCAUGUGUCUACACUGCGGUGUGGGGUAGCCGUGACAGUGAAGACGAAGAGAAAGAUCGGAAGUUAUCUCAGCGUCUUCGCCACUUACAGUGGGUAUCCCCGUCUCACCUGGAGAUUGAGAAUGUCAUGGCCAGCACCAAGGCAAUGACUUGCUUACAGCGUGCCCAACACGAACUGCUGAUGAUGGACAGUCGGCGAACACCAGCAGAGAAACUGCGCCGUGUCACGCAGUGCUGCAUGCAAAUUUUCAAUGCACUAACUCAUGCCACCAACGGCACACCGGCAAGUGCUGAUGACUUCCUUCCAGUUCUCAUCUAUGUUGUCCUGCAAGCCGCUCCACCCAGGAUGAACUCCAAUAUACAGUACAUUUCUCGUUUCUCGUAUCAGAACAAUUUACUCUCCGGCGAGAGUGGAUACCACUUUACAAAUCUUUGUUGUGCUGCAGCAUUUCUAGAGAAUGCUAGUCCGGAGCAGUUACAUGUUACGCAGGAUGAGUUCGAUGGUAUGAUGAGUCACCAUCAGAAGAAGACAGCAGUUGCUACUGGUGCUGUGGACGAAGUAGACGCGUUUACACUGCGCGAGCAAUCUCCGGCUCUGCAGUCAUUACAUCAAUCUUUGCAGCGCUUGAUUGGGCUGACUCAUCGUCAGGACAAACAGAUUGAAGAGUUCCAGCAGCUAAAGAAGGACUUUGCCCUCUUCCGUGCCAAUGUAGUAGCACAGGUGGAUGAAGCCCUGAAGCCGAUGGCACCACCACCACCAGCUGUCAAGGCCACGGAAUCAGACGUGUAGGAUUUAUAACUGCUAGGACUACCUGGGGUAAACCAUUCUUGUGUGUGCUUGUCUGUAGUUUUGCUUGUCUGUAGUUUUGUAAAUAUUGCACAUAUGCUUGCUUGCUGCCUUUCUUGCUUUUCCGCUGUCAACUGUAAAUAUUUUAUCGAAAUUGUGAAUGUGUAAAUAUCCCAUAUCCAUAUCAAAAUACGCACAUUUUUUUAUUACACUUUUACAUCCCUGAGUUACCAGUAACUUGGCUACAGGUCCAUGUAGGUAUAAAUUCUUUUUUAUCCUUUCAAAUUCUGAAUGGUGCCUUACUAUCUAUAUUUGUUUGAACAUCUGUAAUUUAAAACAAAAAUGCUACUUUUUCGCAAGUUGUCCGGUCAGGGACCGUCUGAAUAAACGAAUACUACACACAAA